CCGUCCAUUCGUCAACUGCUCGUGAUGAAAGCAUUAUUCUGGAUCAUAUCUCUGACCAGUUUCUCCUAUACUACUUCAAUAGGAGACAUAAGCGGAAAUACUGAAUGGCGUCUUAUGAAUACUCUGAUUGAGAGAUACAAAAACAGACAAAGCCUACGAGCAGUCUCCUCGCCUUCUGAGGCUGUCAACGUCACUCUGAGUAUGAAAAUGGUUCAAAUAAUUGAGCUUAAAGAAAAAAUUCAGAUGUUUUCGACCAGUGUCUGGAUUGAACAGGUAUGGCAUGAUCCAUUACUCACCUGGAACACAAGCGAAUACAGUGUAUCCGAGAUCAGUAUUCCUCCAGUUAAAAUCUGGGUUCCAGAUAUUGUCUUGGCCAAUAAUGUGAAUCAAGAUUACAUGGGUCGUCCUAUCGGUCUAAACGAGCCUGUUGUCGUUUCUUCAAACGGUAAAGUGCGCUGGUUAACGCCGACGAUACUGGAUGGGUUUUGCAAGCAGUUUGUUCGUUACUUUCCAUUUGAUGAUCAAUACUGUCCGUUGAAGUUUUAUUCCUGGAAUUAUGAUGUGAAGAAAUUGAUGUUGAUUGGGAAUGAUGAGAACAUGUUAUCCAACUAUACUGAAAGCGGAACCUGGACCAUCAUGAAUAUCAUUAAAAAGGAACAUACAACAAGCAAGGGUGGAAUUGACAAAGCGACAGUGACCUUCGUCGUCCAUAUUCAACGAAAGGUCUUCUAUUAUUUCGUGUACCUGAUUGCCCCCUGUGUUCUCACCGCAAUCCUGGCUGUCCUUAUCUUCUAUCUUCCCGCUGCGAGUGGUGAGCGAAUGGUCGUCGGUUGCACAAUUCUUUUGGCGUUAUCCGUUUUCUUCCUGCUGGCCACGAACUAUAUUCCAGAGACCUCAGAACACGUUCCACUUGUUGGCAGAUAUUACUCGCUGGUGAUAGUGGAGAUAUGCGUCGCACUGGUUUGUACAGCCUGGGUUCUGAGAUAUCAUUAUCGUAAUCCAGCCAUGGGCAAGAUACCAAGGUGGAUACGGGUGUAUAUUUUUGGGUACAUCUCAAAACUGGUUCGGAUUAAAGUACCUGAAGAAAUGUUGGCAAAACAUUCCACUGCUGACGAAGAUACAGAAGAAGGUCGAAAAGAGACCGUUGAGAAGAAAUACGAUCCUGCUGAGGACAACUUGAGAGGACUGGCUCUAAUGGCUGCACAAAUCACCGAGGAAGAGGAGCUUGGCAAGAUUCAGGAAGAAUGGCAGCUUGCAGCUGAAAUAUUAAAUCAGUUUUUCAUGAUCAUUUAUAUGCUUGCCGCCUUCCUCACGUUUGCCGUCAUCUUUAUCAAUGCACCCGGGAUAAUUUACCCUCACCCUGAGCCCUCCAUGGAGGAGAUUGUCAGAGUAUACUAAACAACAACUUUCUCUUCAAACGGAGUCUUUAUACUUAGUUUUUCUAGUUCAAAAAUGACGUCGAUUUCAAGUCUUGCGAGCACGGCCCAUUUUAAGUCCCAGUUUUAAAAGAACCGAGUUUAGUCAAUUUAUAUCAUCACGACAUCAAGUUCACCUGCAUUAAAACGAUGGUAAUGAUAAAGAAUUGAACAGAAAUGGAACCUCGUUGACAGAAAUCUGUUCUCGUCGA